CUCGACGCUCAGGCGAGAAAGAGAGAUCAUGGCUGCGACACGCAAGCUUCUAGUCAUCAUCAACGCCCUCUUCUUCAUCUGCGGUGCCGGUAUUGCUGCCAUGGGUGGCCUUGCGCUCUCCGACACCGACAUGGGGCUUUCGCUGGUGGACAAGAACCUAGGCAUGGCUCUGGUGGUGCUCGGCGGGCUGGUGGCGCUGGUGGCGCUGCUGGGCAUGUGCGGCGUGGCGCUCAAGUCCAACAUGGUGCUGCGGCUGUACUUUUGCCUCAUGUUUAUUAUUGUGCUCGCGGAGAUCUUUGUGGUCGUCUUCUCGAUCACCCAGCGUGCGCAGAUGGAGCACCUGCUCUCCAAGGGCUGGCGCAACGCUGGGCAGGGCAUGCGCAAUGAUUUCCAGCGCAGGGAGCACUGCUGCGGGUUUGAGACGCCGACGUCGCCGUCGAACACGGUGUGCGAGGCGUGUCCGGACCUGGGCAAGUGCCGGCUGCCUGGGUGCAAGGAGGCGCUGGAGCACGAAGUGAAGAAGAACCUGCUCAUCAUCGAGAUUGUGGGCUCGGUGGUGGGCUUGCUCCAGCUGAUGGGCCUGAUCUUUGCCUGCUGUGCCAUCCAGGCCAAGAAGCGUGAGCAGCGCGCCCGCUGGGAGCACGGCCGCCCGCUCCUUGGCCCGACCUCGGAGCGCUCGAUCAACGCCACAGACUCGGCCUUCCCGCGGCCUGUGGUCUCGUCGGCCACAGUCGGCGCCAAGACCCACAACUUUGAGCCGGUCGCCCUCUACGACGACAGCCUGCGUGGCGAGUCGAGCCGGCCUACGCCUGCGGCCACCACGUGGAAGCCCAAGUCGACGGCCGAGAUGAUCCAGGAGAUCCGCGCCGAGAAGGAGGCCGAGCGCCAGCGUGCGCUCAAGGACGGAACGCCCGACUUUUGAUCCAUCACAAACACACACACACACACACACACACGUACUUUACGAUGCACACGCUUCCGUUAACACUCACUUCUUCUUGCG